GCUCGAGGCUGCUGGCAAGCGAAGCAGCCAAGGAGGCGGGGGGGCGGUGGCUGCUCGCGCUCGCCGGCUGCUCGGUUUCCCGGCGCCGCCGCGGGUCUGCCGCGGCGUUUCCUGCCCAUCCGCCCGCUCUGGUGGCGCGUGCCCCCUCCCGCCACCCCCGCCCCCCGCCGUCGGAGCAGCCGCCCCUCCUGCGGGUCCCGCCGGGUCGGGGAGUCGCGCGCGCCCGCGGACAGCGCGCCCGGAGCGGAGCCGGCGCCACACCUGUGGAGUCCGCGGCCGUCUGAGGGGGAGGGUCCCGGCCGGCGCCCCCCGGGGCCGGGCGUCACGGGCGGCAUGGGGCUCCCCGCGCUCGAGUUCAGCGACUGCUGCCUCGACAGCCCGCAUUUCCGAGACACCCUCAAGUCGCACGAAGCGGAGCUGGACAAGACCAACAAAUUCAUCAAGGAGCUGAUCAAGGACGGGAAGACGCUCAUCAGCGCGCUCAAGAAUUUGUCUUCGGCAAAGAGGAAAUUUGCAGAUUCCUUAAAUGAAUUUAAAUUUCAGUGCAUAGGAGAUGCUGAGACAGAUGAUGAAAUGUGUAUAGCACGGUCUUUGCAGGAGUUUGCCACUGUCCUCAGGAACCUUGAAGAUGAGCGGAUACGGAUGAUUGACAAUGCCAAUGAAGUGCUCAUCACUCCCUUGGAGAAGUUCCGAAGGGAGCAGAUUUUGGUUGCCAAGGACGCCAAGAAGAAGUAUGACAAGGAGACAGAGAAGUACUGUGGCAUCUUAGACAAGCACUUGAAUUUGUCAUCCAAAAAGAAAGAAUCUCAGCUCCAGGAGGCGGAUAGCCAAGUGGACGUGGCCCGACAGCGUUUCUAUGAAGUAUCCCUGGAGUAUGUCUUCAAGGUGCAGGAAGUCCAAGAGAGAAAGAUGUUUGAGUUCGUGGAGCCGCUGCUGGCGUUCUUGCAAGGACUCUUCACUUUCUAUCACCAUGGCUAUGAACUGGCCAAGGACUUCAGCGACUUCAAGACGCAGCUGACCAUAAGCAUACAGAAUACAAGAAACCGCUUUGAAGGCACCAGAUCGGAAGUGGAAUCAUUGAUGAAAAAGAUGAAAGAGAAUCCCCUUGACCACAAAACCAUCAGUCCCUACACCAUGGAAGGAUACCUCUAUGUUCAGGAGAAACGUCACUUUGGAACUUCUUGGGUGAAGCACUACUGUACUUAUCAACGGGAUUCCAAACAAAUCACUAUGAUACCUUUUGACCAAAAGUCAGGAGGAAAGGGGGGAGAAGAUGAAUCAGUCACUCUCAAGUCCUGCACACGGAGGAAAACAGAUUCUAUUGAGAAGAGAUUUUGCUUUGAUGUAGAAGCAGUGGACAGGCCAGGGGUUAUCACUAUGCAGGCCAUGUCAGAGGAGGACCGGAGACUCUGGAUGGAAGCCAUGGACGGCCGAGAACCUGUCUACAACUCAAACAAAGACAGUCAGAGUGAAGGAACUGCACAGUUGGACAGCAUUGGCUUCAGCAUAAUCAGGAAGUGCAUCCACGCUGUGGAGACUCGAGGGAUCAAUGAGCAAGGACUUUACCGAAUUGUGGGGGUCAAUUCUCGAGUGCAGAAGCUGCUGAGUGUUCUGAUGGACCCCAAAACAGCUUCUGAAACAGAAACGGAUAUCUGUGCAGAAUGGGAGAUAAAGACCAUCACCAGUGCUUUGAAGACCUACCUAAGAAUGCUUCCAGGACCACUCAUGAUGUACCAGUUUCAAAGGAGUUUCAUCAAAGCAGCAAAACUGGAGAACCAAGAAUCUCGGGUCUCUGAAAUCCACAGUCUUGUUCAUCGGCUCCCAGAGAAAAACAGGCAUAUGUUACAGCUGCUCAUGAACCACUUGGCAAAUGUUGCUAACAACCACAAACAGAAUCUGAUGACUGUGGCAAACCUUGGUGUGGUGUUUGGACCUACCUUGCUGCGGCCCCAGGAAGAAACAGUAGCAGCUAUCAUGGACAUCAAAUUUCAGAACAUUGUCAUUGAGAUCCUCAUUGAAAAUCAUGAAAAGAUCUUUAACACCGUGCCUGAGAUGCCGCUCUCCAGCACCCAGCUGCACCUGUCUCGGAAGAAGAGCAGCGAUUCCAAGCCCCCAUCCUGCAGUGAGAGGCCCCUGACACUCUUUCACACUGUGCAGUCCACAGAGAAACAAGAACAAAGGAACAGCAUCAUCAACUCCAGCUUAGAAUCUGUCGUCUCAUCAAAUACAAACAGCAUCCUUAACUCCAGCAGCAGCUUACAACCCACCAUGAACUCUAGUGACCCAGACCUAGAUGUUCUGAAACCCACUCGGCCCAACUCACUCCCCCCGAAUCCAAGCCCAACUUCACCCCUCUCGCCAUCUUGGCCCAUGUUCUCGGCGCCAUCCAGCCCUAUGCCCACCUCAUCCACGUCCAGCGACUCAUCCCCCAUCAGCACCCCGUUCCGGAAAGCUAAGGCCUUGUACGCCUGCAAAGCUGAACACGACUCCGAGCUCUCAUUCACAGCAGGCACGAUCUUCGAUAAUGUUCACCCGUCACAGGAGCCUGGCUGGUUGGAGGGAACUCUGAACGGAAAGACUGGUCUCAUCCCUGAGAACUAUGUGGAGUUCCUCUAACCCUGGUCCCCAACACGACUGCUGAGUGGUCCGUGGUAUCCAUGACAACUGCUGAUUCCACUGUUGGAGGCCAUUUCUCUGUGACACUGAGGAAUGGACAGUGACUGACUCUGCUGCUACCUGUCAACACAAAUGUUUCUGUGAACGCCGGUGUCACCCUGUCCUGUGAUCAUCUCAGCCUCAACUCACACUGCCUGAAACAGAAGCAUAUCUAUCAAUGGGAGGCUAUUCAGUUUUUGACAACUGAGGGAAAGGCUGGCAGCUUUGUUCCCCUCCGUGAGCACCUGAACUCGGAACACUCCUUUUGUUUCAGCAGUCAUCCCAAACCCCCAGCCUUCUGCAAAAGAAAAGUAAAAUGUUGGGUAGGCCCCAAGACCCAAGACUGCGCAGUGUUUGAGGGGGUCAGACAGGGAUGGGCAGUAGCUCAGAGCUCAGGCUGGGUGCACCCCUCUUGUUUACAGUAGAUGUGUGCCUCCCUCCCCUGAAUACUUGAGACCCACAGUGCUACGGGCAGUGAGUCUGGAUCUUUGCAUGCAGGGUGGAGAGGGGUUAUGGCACCAUUUACAUGAGACCCAAUCUCUUACCAUCUCUGUAGUGGCCAUUGGUCCAAAAUCAGUAAGAUUCAGUCCAGUGCUCUCAUGCAAGGGAAAAUACACACAUACACACAGACACACACACACACACACACACACACACACACACACACACACCCCUACACCCUACAUGCCCCUCUCCCAAGCUAGGAACUUCUCUGCCUCUAAGCACUGCAUCACCCAGUAACCAUGGCAACCCAGCCUACUCUAAAACCAAACCAAAAAAUAACAUACUCUCUUUGCAUGAUAAUUUUUUUUCCUCUCCUCCUUUUGUGGUAGUUUCUUAAAUGGUCUUUCUAACCACCCAAAGCAGAAAAUCAAAGUUGAGCAGGCUUCUCGAGGCAGACACAAUGACUGCCUUUCCUCCUUCUCUGGUGAAUUUCAGUCGCAUCAGUUUGGAGCAAAUUCUAGUAACCUCUUGAAAUUAAGUUACUUCAGAAGCUUAACCAUUUUUCCUUCCUGGAGGGCUUUGCACUAUUCCCAGGAUGGGCCUAUUCCUUUCUUCAUUCCUUCUGGGCCUCGUCCACUGACCUAUCUCUCCCCCUGCCCCGCGCUGCCCCCGACCCCUCACUGAAUACCCUGCCCCCAGCCCCUUCACAGUGCCCUGGGCUGCUGAGCGUUACUUAGCGGGUGAUUUUCAGGGAGGAUUCCUGGACUAGCCCUAUAUAGCCUAUAGUUGAAAAGAUUCACUGCCACUCCAAAAAAGGGAAUUGUUUCUCAGGCUUUUAGAGAAUGAAUCUGGUAUCAGCCAGGAUGAUUCAUGAGGAUACCCACAGGUCGGGGGCCUGUAAGGUGUGGGGUGGCUGCCUUCCAGAACAAGAAUUUCCUAAUCUGAAAGGGACUGGCCCUGGUGGGGGUGCGGGUGGGGAAGUUCCCCUUGGACGUUUCCGGUUCACUCGGCCAGCAAAGGAACGAUUGUUUCUCCACGCAAGAGUGCCUCUGGGCUGACACCCCCAUAAGCUCACGGACAGAGACUCCCCAGGAGCCUCUUAGGAUGACCAAGUUACUCCAGAGAGUGCUUCCUGCUUCUGGAAUUCUCUUUAUGGAACUUUAAAGAAGAAAAGGAAAACUUGAAUUGUGUUGCAUUACUGUACUUCUACUUUUUUUUUUAAGAUAAACUUGUAAAUAGAGUGAUUUGAAAUACUAUAUGGCAAAGUUUUAUAUUUGAUAUUCCACACCUUUACGCUUGGAUUGCUGAACAAGGAGGAUGAGGGAGAGAGGAGAGGCAAGGUCAAAGAAGGUCAAGGUCAAGACGCGGUGGCCUUGAAGAAGGGGAAGAUUUUUCUGUACAUUCUGCUGACUCUUGUAAGCUUGGCCUGUCCUGGAUGUUCAGCCUUAAUUCCGAUGUGUUUCUGAGCAUUUCUUGGACUGUGGAUUUAGAGAUGAAAGGAACAUCUUCAGGCAGUGGUUAUUAUUUUUGAAGAUCUCAGUAGCAAGAUAAAGCUCAGGACUUAAAUAAGUGGGGGCAGGGGUUAGUUUUUUGUUGUUUCUGUUUUUCUUCUCAGGUGUAUUUCUUGGUACCCCAAGACAUCAGGAUGAAGGAGAUGAGACAGUUGUUUGCUCCUUACAUCAGACUCUUCUAUACAUCUUCAAAGACCUUAUAAGUGAGGCCAAGCUAGUUUGUGAGUUUUGUGUGUAUCUAAGAAAAAUUAACUUUUUAAGAGCUGUAGUUCUUGAUCUGCUGCUUCCCCUUACCCUAAACAUGUUCGUAUUCUUAAUGUUCAUCUCAGACUUUCUGUAAGUCUCCCUCACAUACAAACCAAAAAAAAAAGAAGGGUGGGAAUUGUUUGGUAGAACUUGAGGGUUUUAUUUUAAUUAUUUUUUUUAUCAAUUGAGAGUCUGUGGUUUAAACUUAGUGAGAGAUUGUCAUUGCAAUGCAGUUUUAUCAAUUCAAAAUUAUAAGGCUUUUGUUAGUGAAAGAACUUGUCCAGGAGACAACCAGACUCGAGUACUAAAUUAGGAAACAAGAAGUAAAAGUGAGUCUAAGUAAGGAAGACUCAAGACAGCAAUCGUUGAAAACCAAAAAAGGGUAACGGGGGACUAUCUGCAUAGGCUACAUCUACCCCCUCCCCACCCCGACUGUGAAUAUCUUAGGGA